UCUUCCUAUCCUCUGGUACGCGCUCGGCUGCAGCGCCGCUUCUCGUUGAUCUUCCGGCUGCGCUACGGGUUUUUACACUGUGUAUUUUACACGGUCUUCUCCUCGCUGUUCCGGUGGACCUGUUGUUCUUCAGGAGAUGUUCAGAGAUGUUCGGGGCGUUUGUGGGUUUAUUUUUUAUGCUGUCCGGACCUCAGUGCUGCGCGUUCGGCUAAUGACUAGCCCGCGCUGCUAAGAUCGGAGCGGAGCCGCCUCUCCUUCUCUUCUCCCCUGGCCUCGGGCAUCAGCACCACAGCGCACUAACACAGUGUACCGUCUUCCAUCUCCUCCUCCAUCAUCAUCAUCAUCAUCCUCCUCUUCUUCUUCUCUCAGCUUCCUCUCGGCCCGGGCUCGGUGGGAUGGAAGCCCUCCCCGGAAGCUUGUUCUCAGUUCGGAUCUCGUGAUACAUUUAGAAAUAAAAGCAAUAAUAUACUGAUUAUUAUUUUCUCCACCGAAACAUGCCGCUGAAAUGGAAAAGCGCUUCUCCUGUGAGCUGGAAAUUUCCCGUGCCUGUGCUUAAGACCUCGCGCUCCUCUCCGUUAUCCCCGGCGUACAUAUCCCUGGUGGAGGAUGAUGAUGCUCAUAUGAAGGUGUCCCUCGGCUGUGGUGAGAUGGGGCUCUCCGCCCACCUGCAGGCGUCCAAGACGGGCAACACUCGCUUCUUCACCAGUAACACGCACAGCUCUGUCGUCCUACAGGGUUUCGACCAGUUGAGGAUAGAAGGGCUGCUGUGCGACGUCACGCUUGUGGCCGGAGACGGAGACGAGGCCUUCCCAGUCCACCGAGCCAUGAUGGCGUCAUCCAGCGACUACUUCAAAGCCAUGUUCACAGGUGGGAUGAAGGAGCAGGACCUGAUGUGCAUAAAGCUGCACGGCGUGAACCGCAUCGGCCUGAAGAAGAUCAUCGACUUCAUCUACACGGCCAAGCUCUCGCUCAACAUGGAGAACCUGCAGGACACGCUGGAGGCAGCCAGCUUUUUGCAGAUCCUCCCUGUUCUCGACUUCUGCAAAGUGUUCCUCAUUUCCGGGGUGUCUCUGGAGAACUGCGUGGAGGUGGGGCGCAUCGCCAGCGCGUACAACCUGGCCGAGGUGGACAAGUAUGUGAACAACUUCAUCCUGAAGAACUUCCCGGCGCUCCUGGGGACGGGCGAGUUUGUGAAGCUCCCGGUGGAGCGGUUAGCCUUUGCGUUGUCCUCGAACGGCCUGCGGCGCUGCAGCGAGCUGGAGCUGUUCAAAGCUGCGUGCCGCUGGCUGCGGGCCGAGGACGGGCGCAUGGAGCACGCGGCGCGCCUCAUGCGCAACGUGCGCUUCCCGCUCAUGAGCCCGAGCGAGCUCAUCAACCACGUGCAGACGGUGGACUUCAUGCGUACGGACAACGCCUGCGUCAACUUGCUCUUGGAGGCCAGCAACUACCAGAUGAUGCCCUAUAUGCAGCCGGUGAUGCAGUCGGAGCGCACGGCCAUCCGCUCGGACAGCGCGCACCUGGUGACCCUGGGCGGCGUCCUGCGCCAGCAGCUGGUGGUCAGCAAAGAGCUGCGGCUGUUUGACGAGAAGGCGCACGAGUGGCGCGCCUUGGCGCCAAUGGACGCUCCUCGUUACCAGCACGGCAUCGCUGUCAUCGGGAACUUUCUGUAUGUCGUCGGAGGCCAGAGCAACUACGACACCAAGGGCAAGACCGCGGUCGACACGGCGUUCCGCUAUGACCCGCGCUACAACCGCUGGAUCCAGGUGGCCUGCCUCAACGAGAAGAGGACCUUCUUCCAUCUGAGCGCACUCAAGGGACAUCUGUACGCCGUCGGGGGCAGGAACGCUGCUGGAGAGCUCGCUACAGUGGAGUGUUAUAACCCCAGGACGAACGAGUGGACAUACGUGGCAAAAAUGAGCGAGCCGCACUAUGGUCAUGCAGGAACUGUUUACGGAGGAUACAUGUACAUUUCAGGCGGAAUCACACACGACACGUUUCAGAAGGAGCUGAUGUGCUUCGACCCAGAGGCGGACCGGUGGACGCAGAAGGCUCCUAUGACGACGGUGCGUGGGCUGCAUUGCAUGUGCACGGUGGGCGACCGGCUGUACGUGAUCGGCGGCAACCAUUUCCGCGGCACCAGCGACUACGACGACGUCCUGAGCUGCGAGUACUACAGCCCGGCGCUGGACGUGUGGACUGGCAUCGCGGCCAUGCUACGAGGCCAGAGCGACGUGGGCGUGGCCGUGUAUGACAACAAGAUUUACGUGGUGGGCGGCUACUCGUGGAACAACCGCUGCAUGGUGGAGAUCGUGCAAAAGUACGACCCGGAGAAGGACGAGUGGCACAAAGUGUUCGACCUGCCCGAGUCGCUGGGGGGGAUCCGGGCGUGCACGCUUACCGUGUACCCUCCAGACGAGCUGGCGCUCACGGGGUCGCCCAGCCGAGAGUCGCCCCUGUCCGCCCCUUGAAAACGGAGGGGGGAGAGAUGGAAAGAGAGGGAGAAAGACGUUGAAACAACAAUACUUGGACGCUUCGAGGGACUCGCGGUUUUUGCUCGGUUCAAAUCUCUCCCUCCAUGGAAUCUAUCUUUUUCUCUCUCUCUCAAUUUCUCUCUCUCCGGGAAAAGAAUAAUAGUUUGCACUUCGACCCCCACCCCUUUUUUUUUUUUUUUUUUUUUUUUUUUUUUUUUUUUGGUGAUGCCCUGCCUUUAAUGCCCCCUCUUUCUCUUUCCAACUUCUCUAUGCUGAAGACCCCUGAUUCCUUUAUCCCUCCUUAUUUUUGAGAUGGGAAAGAAAAAUUGGGACACGGGUUUGGGCAGCCUAAUUAUACCUUGGUGUUCCUUUUUUAUUAUUAUUUGUUUUUACUCCUCAAAUUAUUUGGCAGGAAUAAUCUUGACUUUGGGGGGAAAUGGAAAAACUAACAAAACAAACAACAACAAAAAAAAAAGACAAAUGACUUUGCAGUUCAACUUUUCUACCUGAUGCCUCUGGAGUUUUCAGUAUGCUGGUAUCGUUGUCUGAGACCCUGAGGUCCUACUCUACAGCACAUACCACCCUCAUCCCUUCUUUCCACUAUCGUUCGGUUUUCUUUUCCUUUUCCCUUCUUUUGUACUGGCUCUCUCUUUCCCAUCACUCAGUCUUCAUAGGAUCAUCUCUCCCUCUCAUAUCACAUAUGUGUAAGCUGUUCGGGGGGGUUAGUUGACCUUUGACUUCAGGAAGAGGAAACGGAUUUCAACUCAGGGGCUGGCCUGCCCCCCCCCGCCCCUUGUUCCCCCAGAACACUCCCUCGUUCCCUCGACAAACAACUGCCCUAAAAAUGACAUUUCAUGACAUUGUUCCUGCUGUUGUUAUGAACCAUUAAGGGGAAAAAAUGGUGUUUUCUAAAAUUUAAUAAAUCAGAUUUUGAGCAAA